CCUGUAAACUCCGCAAGUUUUGGGUUUGAUUGUCAGAAGUUUAUGUAGACGUGGCUGUCAGUUACUAUUUUACAAAAUUGUUGAGUGACAAUUCGAAGAGUCUAAGCUAUGCAACUUAAGAAAAGAAAACGAGAAAGAAAGGAGCUGUUGUGAGGGCUCGUUCAGUGUCAGGCGGCGACGAUGGCUAGCCAAUCCCUGUCAGAAAGACAGGAGGAUGAAAUCCAAGCACUCUUGUCGAUUUUCAUGGAUGAUGCCAGUGAUCUAAGAGAACAGGAUGCGUGGAAGGUCCAACGUCCACCAGAAAUCAAACUUACAUUGCGACCCCAGGAAAGCAUGGGGGGCAUUGACAGACCAGCAUAUGCACAGGUGGACCUCAUCGUCAAGUGUUCCUGCAGCUACCCAGAUGUCCCGCCUGACGUUCAGCUGGAAAAUCCAAAAGGCUUAUCCAACAAUCAGCUGUCAAGUCUUAGAGAAGAACUAAAAUCUCUUUCUGCUAAACUAGUUGGAGAGGUGAUGAUUCAUGAACUAGCUCAGCAUGUACAAUUGUUCCUUCACGUAAACAACAAUCCCCCAACACAAUCAUUCUAUGAUGAGAUGAUGGAAAACAAACGUAGACAAGAAGCAUUAGUUGCUCAAGAACAACUGAAAAUGAUGGAACAGCAGAGGAGAAAAGAAGAAAAGGAGCGACAAAAUAUUGAAGAUGAAGUUAUGCGAAAACAAGCUGCGCUCAGGGUUGAGGUCAAGAAAAGAAGAGAUGAAACUGAAAAGGACAACAACAAGAACAACAACAGCAUGUCUGAGCCAUCCACCCCAUCUUCCGAAACAUGCUUCUUCUCCCCCAUCCAGCCAUUGCCUCAGGGGACAGGGAGGGACAUGCGGCGCUCAUCAGAAUCACCCGUCUCCUCGAGGGAACGACAACAACAGAUAAAUGGGAACAUUAGGAGACAAAGGAGAACAAGCACACCGAAAAGAACAUCAGAAGAAGGAGACAAUCGACAUAAAACUCCCCCUGGUGGUGUCAUGGUGUUGGCAUUUAACACAAAAGGGGAGAGAACUGUUCAGAGAGGAAUGUGUCUUGAUCACAACCCAAAUGGCAGUACCCUGUAUGCGGGAAUGGAUACCAGCACUGGAACUUUGGUAUCGAUAUGUGAAUGGGUGCUGAAAUGGAGGCAUUUUGCUAACAAGACAAGUCAUAUUGAUAUUGAAGAGGACAAGGAUGCCACUUCUUACAUGAAACAAAUUCACAGCAUCGAACAGGAACUCAUGUCUCUCAUCCGCCUGCAUCACCCCAAUCUUGUCAACUACCUAGCCAUGCGUUACCAGCACGACCCUGGGAAAAUAACUGUACAUAUCCUCAAUGAGCUGGCUGGGGGCUACAGCCUGGAGAACUACCUGAAGAAGAACCAGGCUGUGCCCAUGGAGCUACUGCGUUCCUACACAGAUGAGCUGCUGCUGGCUGUCGAAUAUCUCCACAACAAGGCAGUUGUACAUAAAGAACUUAGGGCUUCCAGUGUGUUUGUAGAUUUCUCAGGCAAGAUAAGACUGGCAGAUUUCAGCAUCAACAAAAGACUGUCUGACCUUUAUGAGACAGUCGAGAAGGCACGACCAGGUGUACACUUUCAGGAUAUACGUCCAUCUGUCAUUGGCAAGGGAGGCAAGAAGGCAGACAUCUUCCAACUGGGCCUGAUGGUGCUGUCCCUGGCUGAAGGGCAGCGUGUUGAGGAUAUACAGCCAGUCAUUCCAACAACCCUUCCUGCUCAGCUGCAUGACUUUCUCACCAAAUGCCUCAUGCAGGAUGAACGUCAUCGCUGGUCAGCUAGUCAACUUCUGGACCAUAACUUCCUCAAAGAACCAUUGCCAGGGACCAUUCCUAUCAGACCAGCUGACCAGGAACGUUUACAAAAAGAUACCAAAGAACAGAACAAGAAUGAGGAUGAGGAAGACAAUGGUUGUCUCCCCUAUGUGCAUGUGACGGCCCUUGAGGCUACAGGACAGUCACGCCUCACUGGGGAGUUUGAAAUACUCAAGUCACUAGGCAAGGGAGGCUUUGGGGAUGUGAUCAAAGUGAAGAACAAGCUCGAUGGACGGAUGUAUGCCAUCAAAAGAAUACCCCUCAACCCCAAGAGUAAACAGUUCAACAAGAAGAUCACGCGGGAAGUAAAGCUGUUGUCAAGACUCAACCAUGAGAAUGUUGUCAGGUAUUACAACUCUUGGAUAGAAGUAAGUGAGGAGCCUGCUCAGAGUGACACAAGCUCCAGCUACACAUCGAAGACAACCGAAUCAAGCCAGAAGAAAUCAGCUUCUUCAUCCAACUAUGAACAAAACAGUUUUGGCGUAACAGAUGACAUUGAGCGAGAGGCACCUAAUGCCAUUGAUGGGUCAAUGGAAUGGAGCGUCAGUUUAGCAUUUGACACAGCAUGUCAGAAGUGUCUUGCCUCUGAUUCUGAUGAUGAUGAUGAAGAUGAACAAGAUGUAUUUGGGAAGUCUUUCUUGCCAGUGUUGGAUAACUCUGACAGUAUCGUUUUUGAGACAGAUGGCUCUAGUGAACAAGCUGCCACAGAAUCAGAACUGAGUGUGAAGAAUGUCCAGAAGCAGGAGACAGCCAGUACCAACACACAGGAGUCCUUCAUAGAGAUUGUGCCCAAACUGCAGUACCUUUAUAUACAGAUGGAGUACUGUGAGAAGAGCACCCUAAGGAACUGUAUAGAUGCCGGACUGUACCAAGAUGUUACCAGGGUCUGGAGGCUCUUCAGGGAGAUCGUUGAAGGACUCAUUCACAUUCACGAACAGGGUAUGAUACAUCGAGACCUGAAACCAGUUAACAUCUUCUUGGACUCCAACGAUCAUGUGAAGAUUGGUGAUUUUGGUUUGGCAACCACUGACAUCAUUGCUAAGAGUGGUUUGUUGGAUGCUAGUUUCCCUCAGAUGACAUACUCUGACAUCAAUCUCCUCAGCACGUCUCGGUCUGGGAGUCUUGGUGAUGGCAAUAUGACGGGGCAGGUGGGGACGGCUCUGUAUGUCAGUCCUGAAGUUAUGACUGGAGGCAACAAGCUGCACUAUGAUCAGAAAGUAGACAUCUACAGCUUGGGUAUCAUAUUCUUUGAGAUGUGCUACCAGCCUCUCCCUACAGGCAUGGAGAGGGUGAAAAUCCUGGGCAAUGUGAGGGCAAAUGUUGUCUUCUUCCCCGAGGACUUCGAUGAAAUCGAGAUGGCUAACCAGGCCAGUGUGAUUCGCUGGCUGCUGAACCAUGACCCCAGCCGGCGCCCCACAUCCAAAGAGUUGCUGCAGUCAGACUACAUGCCACCUCCACAGAUGGAGGAGGCGGAGCUAAACGAGAUCUUGCGCUCCACAAUCGCCAAUCCACAGUCCAAGGCGUACCACCGGAUGAUGGAAGCUGUGUUUGGCCAGCAAGUCUCACCAGCCAGUGACCUCUCUUAUGACUUUGAGCUGGUGAAGGGCCUGUUUACCCUAAAGUCCUCCCAGCUGCAGAUGUCUGUCCACAAUUCCCUGAGGCGAGUGUUUGAGCUUCACGGUGGGACCAAAGUUGCAACACCUUUCCUCAUGCCUCAGUCCGACCUGUACAAGAACAACGACCAAUACGUGCGCCUCAUGGACCACAGUGGCGGCCUUAUUGGGUUGCCGUAUGAUCUCAGGGUUCCCUUUGCGAGAUACAUAGCAAGAAACAAUAUACUGAAUCUGAAGAGGUACAGCUUGGAGCGGGUUUUCAGGGAGAAGAAAUUCUUUGGCUUGCAUCCACGUGAAAUGACGGAGUGUGCAUUUGAUAUCAUCACUCCAACUCCAGGGAGCUUGAUCCCUGAUGCUGAAGUGCUGGUGAUAGUCCAGCACUGUAUCAAGGAGUUCCCUUCACUGCACGCACAGAACUGCUACAUCCGGAUGAACCACCACUGUCUGCUGAGGGCGGUACUGCUGCACUGUGGGAUCCCAGACGAGAAGCACAAGGCUGUUCUAUCUGUGCUUGCUGAAGUCCAGUUCAACAAGCUGGAUCGUCAGACAGCCCUUGAGAGCCUGAGUGAAGUGAGCCUGACUGAGUCGAGCCAGGCCACCCUCACCAUGCUGCUCGACCUGGAGGGGCAGUACGGCAAGGUGGCAAGCUUCCUCCGCAUCAUCACCAAGACCAAGGGGCUGGCCAGCACACUGGCUAAACAGGGACUGCAUGAGAUAGAAGCUGUGACGUCCCAUGCUACUGUCAUGGGACUUAAACUGCCGGUUGUGGUGACGGUGGGCCUGAUGUACAACCACCUGCAGUACUCUGGGAUCAUCUUCCAGGUGUUGAGAGAUGUCAAGAGGAAGAGGAAGAGUGCUGCAGAGGUUCUGGCUGCAGGCGGCAGAUACGACAAGAUGAUUCAGCAGUUUGCUUCCCCACUGCACCCAACAUCCCACAUCCCAUCUGGAGUUGGAGUCAGCAUUGCCUUUGAAAAAAUUGUAGCUGCUGUUACCGAGGAUCUGGAGCCACCAAGCCCAUAUGACGUCCUGGUGUGUACUAUCGGCUGUAAGCCCAUGCUAGAGAGACUUGGUGUAGCGAAGGAGUUAUGGCUAGGAAGACUCAAAACACAAGUCCUCUUUGAUACCAUGCAGAGCCUGGAGGAGAUCAGCGACUACUGUCGGGAACUCGGUGUCUCCCACCUGGUCAUGCUGAAGGACUCCGACACUGGAUCGGUCAAGGUACGUAGUAUCGAGAAGGAUCGAGUGACAGAGAGGAAGGUGCCCAUGUCUGAGGUUGUGGACUUCCUGCAACAGAAGCAACAGUCUGCAAAACAAGAGUCGAUGGAUAUGGUCCCAAACAGUGAAAAGAAGAGCAACACUGGCCAGUCCAGCAACUACUCCGAGAUCAAUCAGCCCAGCACCUACAGCAGCAGCAACACCAUCACCUUCAACUUCCUCUUUGUCAUGCAGGAGGGACGCCUCACCUCAAACGUCAAGAGGAAGUAUGAAUCCCAGAUGUUUAACAAACUGUCUUCAGCUUUGAACUGGCUACCAGGCAAAUCCCACGAUGUGAUCGUUGUUGAACUGAACAAGUCAGUGUUGAACAUCAUAGCAGCUUACCUUGAGCUGAAUGGCAGUGAAGCUGACUUUGAUGCAAGCAUCAGCUCUAUAAUAGAAAAACAACCCCGUCACAGGAAAUACUUGACAAACAUCAUUGAUGAAAUUCAUACAUUGAAAUUUGAGAAAAAAUACCAGUUCAUUAUACUGUAUGGGCUGAAGGACGACACGGUCAAACUUGUUUCUUGACACAAACAUUCAGAGAACAAGUGAUUCUAUGUGCAAUUAUUCUUCUAACCAAAGUUAAGGAAAUGAAAUCCUGUAAUUUCAUAGGGAACAACCUGUCAACAUAUUUCUCAUCAACAUCAUGACCUUCUUUGUAUUUUACCUGUCAAAAUCAAGAGAUAGAUCAAAUGUGGUCCCCAUUACUUUCAACUGACUGAUUUAUAUCAAAACUGUUUUGUUUUCUUGAUUUUUAUAUAUGUUGAGCAGCCCCCCAAAAAUCUGUAUGGUUUUGUUUGAAUUUUUCUACGAGGUGUAGAGACAGAGGGAAACAUGUUGGUCUUCUUUAUACAAGGCAAUAGUCCGAGGAAAUUCUACGACUCAUAAGAAUAUUUCGAGCAUCCAGUUUUGGCCCAUGUGACUCAUUCCAUGGAACUGUUGUCAUACAAGUAGUACCAGUAUUUAAUAUUGCCCCUAAACUAACAUUUUCCGUAAGAGUAAACACAGACAUGGUUGGAUAAGGACCCUUAUUCACCCAGUGAACAUGUUUAAGGUAACAUUGAAGACUGGUGUGGAAUUUUCAGAUGUGUUCAAAUGGCCAACACCUUAUCAUUUUUUGCUCACCGUAGAUGUGUUACAGGGGGAUCAGGAUUUCGUUAGGCUCUAAUGUACUAAAAAUAAUUACCUUCCCUAAUGCUUGUUAUAUUGGACAAAAAUAGCUAGGGAUAUAUGUAAAUUUUGAAAUUAUGAAUAAUGAUCUAUUUAUUCAUUUACAUACUGAUAAAAUAUCAAUCAUAAAGAUACCAAUAUCCCUAACAUAUUUUGUCCAGUAUGUUUUGGGUUGACUCGCCCCAUGCCCAUUCUUAACCUCCCCUGUGAAGACAAAAUUCUAAAGAACUGUGUAUUUUGUUUUGUGAUCCCUCUGCCCCAAUUUGAAAACCCUUGUUAAAUGGAAUCAUAGCAUGAGGUGUUUGUGAGACUUCACCUGAAUAGAGAUUACAAUGGAAGAUUACUGGCUUUGUGUUUUACAAUAUCAGUAAAUGUUAGUUUUUUUCAGAUGCUUUGGCUUCUGAUCAGGUAAUCAGGGUGGUUUCCAAACAAAAUUUUAAAAUAUUCAGCAACACCCUCAGCUCUUAAUUCUUACACUGUUCAUCUCCAAAAUGUUGAAUAUUUCAAUAAAAUAUUCACUGUUUAGUAUGACUGGGAUAGGCUUGAUGAAUUUAUGGACAUGUGGUGGGUGAAGAAAACAGUGCAUCAUGGAGCUGUGUUGAAAUAUGAACACUUCUCUUUUUAAGCCGUGUUAAGUCAUUUGUUAUUCGUUACCUAUACAUAAUAUAUUUGUUCCCAGAAAUAUAAUUGAAUGUUUCUGUUGCUCAGUUCAUUGUUGUACAUGUUGUACAGGACCAAAUGUAGUUGCCAGUUGAGAAUUUAUCAUUAUUUUAUCAUUUACAGAUUGGGGUGUAAAAUAACAAUUAUGACAUACAUUUGGAGAUACAUGUAUACUGUGUUAUAUUAUAUUUGCUUCAAUCCAUCGUGUGAAACUGCUCUGAAACAAGCAUUUAAUUUUGGGUGCCAUGCAUCCUGACAAGAGUAGCAAGUUGUUUUGCAUGAAAUUUGUAAGAUUGUAAAGAUAUCCUGUUGGUAGGUAUAGUCUAGCAGAAAACUUUUUGUGACAGUGUUUGGUCACUUUACUCAAAAACUAAAAAGUACAAUCAUUUUCUAAUUUGGCAUGAUGCAUUAUAAUUCUUCUACCAUUGUGAACUUUUAAUUUCAUGAAUUAUAAUUUAAUAAUAUUAAAGUUGUUGAACAAACUAUCAUUAUAAUUCGACUCAGUUCACUAUUCAUUAUGAGGGAGGAGUGCAGAGAGAGGAACAGCCAGGUGUGCAAUUGAUUCAUUUACCUGUGCUGAGCCUUUCUCUAACACCUGGCUGUUCCUCUCUCUGUACUCCUCCCUCGUAACAAAUAGUGAACUGUUUGCACUUGUAGUUUUUGAGUAAAGUGACCAAACACUGUCACGAAAACUUUUGCUGCCAGACUAUAGGUUAAUUUGUUAAAUGGUGCAAAAGCAAUCUUUGUAACAGAAUACUCAGGGACAGAUCCAGAGGGGGGUGCAGGGGUCACACCCCUCCUUUCCCCAAAAAAAAAUUUCCUGAGGAGCAUUUCCCCCUAAUCUUUGGACUUCAUGAUUUGUGUGCAUCCCCCUUCUCCAAAAUCCUGGACUCGCCCCUGAUACUGUAACACAGUCUGUAUAAUUGAUCUGUCAGUGUAAUUUAAAUCAGAUCGUUCAUCAAAAAUGAUACCUCUCUGCACUAAGAUCUGAGAACAACUCAUAAUAGAGUCGGAUACAUUUUCUAAUUGGUGAAAGGGCAUUUGAGUCCAACUACAUUCUAAAGCGUGUCUUAUUGACAUCUGCAUUCCGUGUCAGUUUUCUUUCCCUCAGAUCAAAAUUUUCAAAGCAUGGUUGUAAAGAUACAAAGCCAAAUCCUUUCAGAAAGUGGACAUAUAAUUGCUCUAAGACUGACUUCAAUAUUAUUGGGUGGAAGUUUGACAAAGUUCACCUGACACAACCACCAGUGGAAGUGUCUUCAGAUCUUCAUGCAGACAUAUCAUAAUGGUGUAAAAUAUCUGAUUUUCAUGACAUUGUAUAAUUGGUGGUGCUAAUACUGAAGAAAAGAGGCAUAUUUUUUUUCAAUAGCUUGGACCAUGACCAAAGCUAACAUUAAUGAAAUGUUACAUCUAUAGUAUUUCAAACAGAUUUUCAGUAGACUAGUGACGUAGAUGAUUGUUUUAGUAUUGAAUAUGGUAAAGAGUAAAGUUGAGAAUGUUUGUCAUUGUGGUUACUGAGUCCAUAUCAAUACAUACAUCUGAUUGAGGAAGUAAACACCCAACACUUCAGGCAUAUUAGUGGCCCAUUAUUCACCAUAACACAGCUGAUAACCGUCUUUAUUUGGUUUGCUGGUGUUAAAAUUAGUAAUUAAGUUUCAAGUUUAUUUUGAGACUCUAAGGCUGUACAUUAUUUCUGUGUACACCAGUGAUUUGAUCUUAAAUUGAGUACGAAACAAGAUCAGACAUUUAUCAGGACAUGUUCAAGUUUCAAUAAAGUAAAUCUUACAUAGCAAGUAUGCAUUUAAAAUGUUGGUAUUUACAAGUCUGGCACAAUAUCAAAUAUAGAAUAUCAAAAUGUGAAUAUUAAACUGUUUAGCAGCAUCAAGGAAGUGUUAAGAUGUGUUGAAUACUUAAAUAUGUUCACCAGGAGAUAACGAUACUCAUUGACUCUCAUCAUGUUGAACAAUACACGAAGAAUCAUAUCAUGCCAAAUGACAAUAAAUGUAUGAAACUGAA